AUGAAUUCAGAUUACCGGGCGUGGAUAGGGCUGAGGAUUAUGAAAAAGGUAGGUCUACAGCGAAAGCUAAACAUCCUUAGCAAGCAACUCUUCCAGAUAGCCGCAGACAACGAUACAUCCCUCGCCACAUCCAGCAUCGUCACCAUGCCGUCGUCCCCAAUCCUCGCGCUCUCCAUCUUGUCACUCGCGACACUAGGCCUCAGCUACCCAUCCCCCUUCCCUCGCGCCUGCACCAACACAAGCUUCGUCCUCACCAACCCCCUCUUCGGAGAAUGGGGACAAGGCAAAUACGCGCAAAUCGUCAACGGCGGGAAUGUAGGCCAGGCCGGCGCCUUCGUCUCAUACUUCACAACCAACGUCUCCAGCGCCGCCCAAGUCUACGCCAUCGAAGCCACCACCGGCCGCUGGUUCUUCACGGACCCCCAGGGAGACAAGUACUUCGCCUGGUCCGACGAAUUCGAAUAG